CUUUCCUUUUUCUUCUUGUAGGUAUGGCCUCACAUGUGCAAGUUUUCUCCCCUCACACCCUUCAAUCAAGUGCCUUCUGUAGUGUGAAGAAACUGAAAGUGGAGCCGAGUUCCACCUGGGACAUGACUGGGUACGGCUCCCACAGCAAAGUGUAUAACCAGAGCAAGAACAUCCCGCCUUCUCAGCCAGCCACCACGACCGUCAGCACCUCCUUGCCGAUCCCAAACCCAAGCCUACCUUACGAGCAGACCAUCAUCUUCCCAGGAAGCACCGGGCACAUAGUCGUAACAUCAGCAAGUAGCACUUCUGUCACGGGGCAAGUCCUCGGCGGACCACACAACCUAAUGCGUCGAAGCACUGUGAGCCUUCUUGACACCUACCAAAAAUGUGGACUCAAGCGCAAGAGUGAGGAGAUUGAGAACACAAGCAGCGUGCAGAUCAUCGAAGAGCAUCCACCCAUGAUUCAGAACAAUGCCAGCGGGGCCACUGUAGCCACUGCCACCACGUCCACUGCCACCUCCAAAAACAGUGGCUCCAACAGUGAAGGAGAUUAUCAGCUGGUGCAGCAUGAAGUGCUGUGCUCCAUGACUAAUACCUACGAGGUCUUAGAGUUCCUGGGCCGGGGGACGUUUGGGCAAGUGGUCAAAUGCUGGAAACGGGGCACCAAUGAAAUUGUGGCCAUCAAGAUUCUGAAGAACCACCCGUCCUAUGCCCGGCAGGGUCAGAUCGAAGUGAGCAUCCUGGCCCGGCUGAGCACGGAGAGCGCCGAUGACUACAACUUUGUGCGGGCCUACGAGUGCUUCCAGCACAAGAACCACACGUGCUUGGUCUUUGAGAUGUUGGAGCAGAACCUCUAUGACUUUCUGAAGCAGAACAAGUUUAGCCCCUUGCCCCUCAAGUACAUUCGCCCGGUCCUCCAGCAGGUGGCCACAGCCCUGAUGAAACUCAAAAGCCUAGGUCUUAUCCAUGCUGACCUCAAGCCAGAGAACAUCAUGCUGGUGGAUCCAUCCCGGCAGCCAUACAGAGUCAAGGUCAUCGACUUCGGUUCAGCCAGUCACGUGUCCAAGGCUGUGUGCUCCACCUACCUGCAGUCCCGAUACUACAGGGCCCCUGAGAUCAUCCUUGGUUUACCGUUUUGCGAGGCGAUUGACAUGUGGUCCCUGGGCUGUGUCAUUGCAGAGCUGUUCCUAGGUUGGCCAUUGUAUCCAGGAGCUUCUGAGUAUGAUCAGAUUCGGUAUAUUUCACAAACACAGGGUUUGCCAGCUGAAUAUUUAUUAAGCGCAGGGACAAAGACAACCAGGUUUUUCAACCGUGACACAGACUCGCCGUAUCCUCUGUGGAGACUGAAGACACCAGAUGACCAUGAAGCAGAGACGGGGAUUAAGUCAAAAGAAGCAAGAAAGUACAUUUUCAACUGUUUAGAUGACAUGGCCCAGGUGAACAUGACGACAGAGUUGGAAGGGAGUGACAUGUUGGUGGAGAAGGCAGACCGGCGGGAGUUCAUUGACCUGUUGAAGAAGAUGCUGACCAUAGAUGCUGAUAAGAGAAUCACGCCAAUUGAAACCCUGAACCACCCCUUUGUCACCAUGACACACCUACUCGAUUUUCCCCAUAGCACACAUGUCAAAUCGUGUUUCCAAAACAUGGAGAUUUGCAAACGUCGGGUGAACAUGUAUGACACAGUGAACCAGAGCAAAACCCCUUUCAUCACGCAUGUGGCCCCCAGCACCUCUACCAACCUGACCAUGACCUUCAACAACCAGCUGACCACUGUCCACAACCAGGCUCCCACCUCCACCAGUGCCACUAUUUCCUUAGCCAAUCCCGAAGUCUCCAUACUAAACUACCAAUCUACACUCUACCAGCCCUCAGCGGCAUCCAUGGCUGCAGUGGCCCAGCGGAGCAUGCCCCUGCAGACGGGAACAGCCCAGAUUUGUGCCCGGCCUGACCCCUUCCAGCAAGCUCUCAUCGUGUGUCCUCCUGGCUUCCAAGGCUUGCAGGCUUCCCCCUCGAAGCACGCUGGCUACUCAGUGCGAAUGGAAAAUGCGGUGCCUAUUGUCACUCAAGCGCCAGGAGCUCAGCCUCUUCAGAUCCAACCAGGUCUGCUUGCCCAGCAGGCCUGGCCGAGUGGGACCCAACAGAUCCUGCUUCCUUCAGCAUGGCAGCAGCUGACUGGAGUGGCCACCCACACAUCAGUGCAGCAUGCGACUGUAAUUCCCGAGACCAUGGCAGGCACCCAGCAGUUGGCCGACUGGAGGAACACGCAUGCGCACGGCAGCCAUUACAAUCCCAUCAUGCAGCAGCCCGCGCUAUUGACUGGUCAUGUGACCCUCCCAGCCGCCCAGCCCUUAAAUGUGGGUGUGGCCCACGUGAUGCGGCAGCAGCCAACCAGCACCACCUCCUCUCGGAAGAGUAAGCAGCACCAGUCAUCUGUGAGAAACGUCUCCACCUGUGAAGUGUCCUCCUCCCAGGCCAUCAGCUCCCCUCAGCGAUCCAAACGUGUCAAGGAGAACACACCUCCCCGCUGCGCCAUGGUGCACAGCAGCCCAGCCUGCAGUACCUCCGUCACAUGUGGGUGGGGCGACAUGGCCUCCAGCACCACCAGAGAGCGGCAGCGACAAACGAUUGUCAUCCCCGAUACCCCCAGCCCCACUGUCAGCGUCAUCACCAUCAGCAGCGACACAGAUGAGGAGGAGGAACAAAAACAUGCCCCCACCAGCACUGUCUCCAAGCAAAGAAAAAAUGUCAUCAGCUGCGUCACAGUCCACGACUCUCCCUACUCGGACUCCUCCAGCAACACCAGCCCCUACUCUGUGCAGCAGCGUGCCGGGCACAAUAACACCAACACCUUUGACAGCAAGGGGACUCUGGAGAAUCAUUGCACUGGCAACCCCCGAACCAUCAUCGUGCCCCCCUUGAAGACCCAGGCCAGUGAGGUGUUGGUGGAAUGCGACAGCCUGGGGCCAGUCAACACCAGUCACCACUCGUCCUCCUACAAGUCCAAGUCCUCCAGCAAUGUGACCUCUACCAGCGGUCAUUCUUCAGGGAGCUCGUCGGGAGCCAUCGCCUACCGGCAGCAGCGGCCAGGCCCCCAUUUCCAGCAGCAGCAGCCCCUCAAUCUCAGUCAGGCCCAGCAGCACAUGGCCGCAGACCGCACCGGGAGCCAUCGACGGCAGCAGGCCUACAUCGCUCCCACCAUGGCUCAGGCUCCGUACACCUUCCCACACAACAGCCCCAGCCACGGCACUGUCCACCCGCACCUGGCUGCCGCUGCCGCCGCCCACCUCCCCACCCAGCCUCACCUCUACACCUACACAGCGCCUGCAGCCCUGGGCUCCACUGGCACCGUGGCCCACCUGGUGGCCUCCCAAGGCUCGGCUCGCCACACCGUGCAGCACACUGCCUACCCGGCCAGCAUCGUCCACCAGGUCCCCGUGAGCAUGGGCCCCCGGGUCCUGCCCUCGCCCACCAUCCACCCAAGUCAGUAUCCAGCCCAGUUUGCCCACCAGACCUACAUCAGCGCCUCGCCAGCCUCCACCGUCUACACUGGAUACCCACUGAGCCCUGCCAAGGUCAACCAGUACCCUUACAUAUAACCACGGGCCUGGGGAGGGGAGGGAGGGAGGCUGCUCCUGGGACCCUGGGGAGCCGGCUUUUUAUACUGAGGUGCCGCACACAAACAAUGCAAAAGGGGCAGGGGAGGGGGGCAGGGGACAGGGACGGGACACCAAUGAAACUUGAACUAGGAAGUGGGAGGACUUAGAGCAGAGAAGAGAACAUUUUAAAAGGAAGGGAUUAAGGAGAGGGAAAUCUAUGCUUUUUAUUUUAAAAAAAGAAAAAGAAAAAAAAAGAAAACAUCAGUAACAAAAAAAAUUUUAAAAAAAAUUUAAAAAAAACAGCUCACAAACCCAUUCUGCACCAAACUGGAAAGGAGAAGAAGAGAGCCACGAGAAGAUUCCAGAAGCGAGGGGCCCCAGUUUUUGAAGAACUUUAUCUAUGAACUUUUCAAAAGAUUAUUUUCAUAUGGCAGCGAAUAACAUUGAAGAAUUUGCUGUCAGGGACACCUGAUAUGGAAAUCCAAUAGAUUUUUAAUUAAUUAAACAUAAGAAUUAGGGAUUUUUCCAGAAUGCUAAAGGGUCAACACCUCUCCAUAGUCAGGCCAUGGCCUGAGAGGCUGAUUUGGGGGUUGGGGGGCUGGCGAAGCCCAGCCCUGGCUUGUUUAUCAGAAAUGAUGGGCUCGGCCAGGCUGACCAGAAACUCCCUGGGAGGGGGCGGGGUUUUCUCUUCUGAGCACUCUGGAUAAAUCCCUAAGCAAUGUUAUUCCUCAGAUGUCAUUAACGAUGUGUGUUACAAACUUGAGAUUUUUUUUCCUUUCUGAAGAUCUAUUUUCCUUUGAGUCCACCCCAUCACGUAGCGCAGGCUGGCGCCGUCGAGGUACCCUGGUGGAAUGUAGCCCUGCGCCCUUGCUGUGUACCUUGUGUUCAACUCCAGCGAUACCAAUAGACUAUUCCUGUGUAAUUGCACAAAACAAAGUGAUAUAACUUAGGCGUGUAACCAAUGCAGUGGUCCCGGUGAGCGAGCGUGUGUGGCCAGCGCGUGGGUAUGAGCGCGGAGGCCACCCUCCCUGUGUCCCUCGGCACCGCGUCACAGCCCUCGCAGUCUUGCUUUUGCAUCAUUCCCUCCUAGUGCCUUACGGAACGACAGACAGACUCGGUGUAGGGAGGCUCCCGCUGGCACCCAGGAAGCCAGCCGGGCUGAUCCAGGCCACCUCAGCUCUUCUGUUGCGCUGUUGGAACAUUCACUCGAGUCUUUCCUUUUUGGUUCUUUUGUUGUUGUUUUUCCCCAUGCCCAUUGUCCUUCUUGGGCUGUUUGCUGGCAGGGCUUCAAGGAGAAUCCAUGGACUUGAGAGUGACGGGGCUCUGUGGUGGGAGGGCACAUCUGAUGACCCGAAUGCUUUGUGUUGAGUUUUACUUUGGGAGCAGACACCCAGAGACUCCCCACCCUUCACCUUCACCCUGCCCAGUUCUGCCCAUCAGACCAGCUCUGGCACUGAUACCAGGGAUUUUAGGAAUGUCCGCUUUGCAGAGCAGCAGCCUCCAGGCCCACCACCACCUUCCUACGACCGUCUGCAGGGACUCAAGGAGGCAACACACACCCCAGCUGCACCCCGGUCCCUCCAUCCCACAGGAAGCCUGGCAUUCGCCACCCCGCCCCACGCUUCCCUCUCCGCCAGCUCCCUGGGCGCUGUUUUGCUCUGCCCAUUUGGCCAGAUCCCCAGCUCUAUAGACAACCACCAACCCGUUUGUUGUUGAAUUCUUUCCUUGGAUUACCCAGGUCUGCUCAAGACAUGAUUUUGGUCUUGGCAUUUGAGGAGUCUGGUGGGCAGAGGUUGGAGGGAUGCUGAUGAGGGUGACCAGGGGUCCUAUGCUGCACUUGAGAAAACACUCUCACAGAUGAUUAAGUCUCCAAAGAAAUCUGGCCUGCACCCUCUGUGUACAUUGGCUCCAUCCUGGAAGUUUUCUCAGGCUUUGGAUACGGCAGGUAGGGAUGGGAAGGGAGUCCUCUCUGCUCUUAGGGAGCAACUCAAGCAGGCAGACACUCAGAAGCCCUCUGGUCAAGAACGGGGCUUGACGGGUGGCUCCGAUUGUUUGAUCCUGACGCAGAGUCCUUACCUGACACCUCAGCCAAGUUCCAGGUGCAAAGAGAUCUUCUGGGUCAGAGCCUCGGCCUUCUCCUUGCCUUUGCUGCCUCACUCUGCAGGCCCUAGCGAUCUACUGUGAAAGGGGUUUUCGUAGUGAUAUCCGCCCUCACUCAGUAAUGAAGUCGGUACUUAGCUCUUAGCUGUGAAGGAACUCCGGAAACUUCCCCUCCCCGAACAUAAAUUCUUACCAAGAAAUAGGUCCCCGGACUGGAGAGGAUGAAGUGCCGGCCUUGGGCCCGAAGGAAGGACACAGCACCUGUGCAAGGCCAGGCACACUCAGUGGUGCCACAAGGACCCGCCUGAGGCAGGGCUGCAGUGGAUCUGCAGGAGAUGCUCCCUGGGGCCCAGAUCAGUGUGGCCUCAGCUGGAGGUGGGGAGGCGCCUGUCCUGAGACAGCAGGAAGAGGCCAGCUGGGAGCGCGAGGGCGCAGGCCUUCAGAGGACGCCAGAGCUGGAGCCGCACCACCCUGGAAAACCUUUCUGUUUGGACUUUCAGCAGCCAAAUGGCCACACAGUCCCACCAGAUCCUCUCCUACAGUUUCAAGGCGUCUAGUCUUGGAUGAAAAUGAGCCUCAGUCUGCCUGUCUGAGCAGCGCUCUGGACUCCCCGCACAGUGCAGUUCCAGCCCUUUCUAGAUCUCAUCUUUUAGGGGAAAGACGACUUCCAGUGUUCUUUCCAUUUCCUUUUGUCUGCUUAAAUUGAAGCUUCUCACUCUUUCACCUGAUGUUUUCUUUCCUUUUCUCCUUCCAGAUCAGGAAUGAAAGUUUCAUGCUGCUCAUGAAGUCGAUAUUAUUGUGCUGAUUAUUUUUGUUAUUGCCAUUGUAAUUAUGUUCAUUAUCAUCGUAUUGCUGUUUUAGUCAGGGUUUUAAAUGCACAUUUAUUCCAAGUUUCUUUGUGUUUUCUCUUUAAUAUUUAAAUUUACUAUAUCUGUGAGUAUAGGAGAAGACUGGAGGGACAUACAGAUGUCCGAUUUUGUCAGACAAAAAAAAAAAAGAAAAGCCCUGGGAAUUAGGAAGAUUGUUUCUUUCAUUUCUUCCACAAAGAGCCACUGAGGAAGACCUACCACAGAGCAAAGUGGGAAGAGUCAAGGCCUUUUCCUCUGCAAAACCCAGCUGAGGCCCUGGACAGCAUGAUCGCCAUUGGUGUAUUUUUCUAAUUUCCAGUAGUCUGGGAGGCCACCUGAGGAGGCAGCUUCUGGGCUCAGGGACGCCGGGUGCACUGACCCUGGAACCCUUAGCUUCUCCCCCCACUUUCUAUGCUCUCCUGUUCAUCCCCAAUGUGCUAACUACACUCUUAGCCUGCCUCAUAUCUGUUAUUUAAGCAAAAAAGCUCCUCUUCCCAGAGCUCACCCAGCCCCUUUCCAAAACAUUCACCCUACCCAUCAGCCCCCCCAAAGCGUGGCUUGCAUCCUUCAGUGCAGAGGCAGUUCCCCCUCCCCCCCCCCAGCCUCUGUCUUACUUUCCCUCAAUUACCACCUCCCCCACUUCUUCGGUCUUCCCCUUCCGCCUGGAUACAUCCUCCCAGCACACAGUUCUCUCAAGCCAAAUAAAGGUGGCAGAAUGAGGAAGAAGCCAGAGAACCCCGAGUGAAGCCACCCAGACAUUGCCACGUGUCCCCCACAAUAUUCUUUACAAGUGGGGGAGCACGGCAGGACCUCGCAGCCUUUCCUGGGCUCUUCCUGUGCCCUCAGUGUCCUGGGCUGUGAGUGAUGGGUGCCCACACACUGCCCACCAAGCCCAGGAACUGCUAAAGCUAAAGUGGCCAGUUUCCCUGAAGGGAAGUAAGCUGUUGGGCAGUGGACAGCCCCUCUGGCACUCAGCAGAUAUUCAUGUCCACCUAGUCCUCACCCAGCAUCCUUUGUCUCAAGCACAAAGCUGUUGCACUGGAAGCCACACAAGGAGACCCCAGCGUGACCAUUAGCUUCCGUGCCCAAACCCCCCACCCCUGGUACUCCAGCACUAAGCCCCCUUGGCAGAGAGUCUCAUAAAAGGGUGCCAUCCCUGGGACCAAGCUUUCAAGUGGGGAGAUGUUCUUGUCCUCAGGUAGACCACAAAUCCCCUAUGGCCUCACCAAGCCUUGGAUUGGCUCCAUCCUUCCUCAGUGAAGAAACUCAGCUCAGAGUGAAGGGAGGAUCGAGAAGGACAGGUCACAGAGAAGCGUUUCAUUGGAACCUCAUGAACCUCAGGUCAGUGUGCUCCCCCAGGGUUCUCACCCAUCCAGGUGGUGGCACCCAUGUCCCUGUGCUUAGUGCCUCUGGUGAUAUUUGGGAUGUUCCCAAGAGAAAGGGUGAGCAGGCCAAUGGUGUGCAAGUCCAGUGGAUGUCAGUUUGGACUGCGAGGCGGAGCAGGUGGUCAGGGUGACUCAGAGGAAGCAGGGUGAAGCGCGGUGCCAUUGUCUCCUGGACGGUGGCAUUUCUCACCCUCCUGGUAGCUGAUUGUUGUGGGCUUGGAAGCCAGCUGGGCUUUGUCCUCUUCAGCUGGGGGACUCACACCUGCCCAGACGCCAUGGUUCCAGAUGGAAGGUCAGGGAGGGGAGAUCAGCACAAGUGACAGAAUAACUUCCCUGGACUAGAUCCUAGGAGUUGCAGACACUCCCAAGCUUCGAACAAGCUUGUGGUGGAGGGUUUGGGUCGUGUGCGUGCGUGCAUGUGAGUGAGCGGAGCAGACAUUAUUGGAAACUGGAGCAAGGAGAUGAGGAGGCUUAAGGAAGUAUUACUGAAGGUUCAUGGUCCGGAGAACACGUGGGUCCCCGCCCCUCCCCAGCUCUCCCGCCAGCUUCUCAUUGACUGAGGGCAGGGUGGCACGCGUAGGGCAUUUGCUCCUGCUGGCCUGCCAAGCAGCUGAAGGACAGAAAUCGGAAAGAAGAAAAUAGCUCAGUGUCCUCAACCAGCAGAGAGAACUCAACCGAGAGGCGAGGGUUCCUUCCGCAGGCCCAGCCUGGCAGGAGCCGCUCUUUCAACACAUUCCAGUCCAGGGACUUGCAGGCUCCCUUCCCCCUUUGUGUCUUUUCUUUCUGAUAUUUUACAGAUCCCCAAAGGGGAAGCCUCAAAAUUGAGCAGGCCAAAUUGUCCUUACCAAAUUGGAAAGGAAGGUGAAGCCGUCCUUUCCACUGCCAAAGAACCCUUCUCAAAGGCACCUCCAGAGAUGGACACAGUGGCGUUCCUCUCUUUCCUUUCUGGGCAAUAAUGCCAUCAGUAGUGAAGCACUUCUGUUCGUAAACUGUUUUUCUCUUUAUCCUGACUUCUUUGUUUUAAUUGCAUUUAUUUCAAAACUGCACUCAUCUUUGAAAAACAGGAGUAGAGUAGUGACCCUCCACAUUGCUGCUACUGGGAAACCGGAGCUCUUGCAUCGACCUGGGCACCGAGCACGGAGCUGCUGGGCAGUUCUGCGGCCUCGAGGCUUAGGGCGUGCUGGACUCCACUGGGCUGGGCCGCUCCUUCCCACUCCCCUGCCUCAGGACUCACUCCUUAUCUCAACAGACAGUCAAAUCUCAGCAGGUCACUAGAGAAGAGAAGAUGGCUCAGUGGAAUUUAUAUGCAAAAGAAAUUGCUUCAAGGCUUUUGGCCCUGCUGCUCAGUGUAAUGACCCAAUCAAGUAGAGGUUUCUGGUGUUAGGGCAGCUUUCAGAAGUUCAAGAGAGAGAGCUAGCUCCAUGCUGGUCUUCCCUUCAGACUCGAGAGAGUUUACAAGAGACGUGGCCCCUGCCGCAGACCCCAGCACAGAGGGGGCUUCCUGAUGCCUUUACGAGUUCCUCCUCUCAGACCCACAGCCUCAGUGUCCAGACUAGCAAUAUCCCUCACAGGAGGACUGGCGAGCAUCAGGUUGUGGAGCCAUCACAGCCAUCCCCUUGAGAAAAGGGUAGUUUCCCCCUCCCCGCCCACUGACAGAUGAGGAAGCUGACACUCUGAGAAAGUGGCACGUGUUAAAGAAAGAAAGCAAUGGUGGUCCAGAAUCCCCAAGUUUCUAGUCUAUUAAUUGUUAGUGGGCUCUUCGAGAUGUGAUUUUGUUUCAUCUUUUUCAUGAACAGCAAUUGUAUGGCCUCAUAUUUCUGAUGUACCUUUUAAUGAUAUGCCCAUUUCCUUCGUGCCAAACACUGUGCUAGGAAUUGCCCGAUGGUCUUAUUUCAUUUCACACUAACCCUACGAGAUUGGCAAUAUCCGUCCCUUUACAGAGGACGUGUUGGGCUUGCAGAACUCUUAACCUUCCUGGGACCACCCAGCUGGUGAGAGGGAAGCCAGGGUCUGCCUGGUUCCAGAACUGAGCUCUGCCACCAGACCCAGCUGUCUCCUAUGUGUAUGUUGCAAAGAGAGUCCUUGAGGAAAUGUCACCCUGUGCCCUGCCUGCUCUGUGGAGCUGAGCAGGUGAAAAGAGGGCGUCCCGAACUGGAUGCAGGCAGAGGGGCAGAAUAACUUUGACUUUUUAGAAAAAUCUCUGGGGAGUUUCUUUUGAUUCCUAGAAUUCCUUUUAGAUUUCUUUCCAGUGUACCAACUAGCUUUAGUAAUGCUGCUAACUCUUAUGAGAGUGAAGGGGGAAAAAAAGUGUUCUUUUCUUCUUUAAAAAAAAAUAAUUUUUCUUGCUUAUAGUUAAUUCUAGAAAGGCAAUACUAAAGGUAUAUAUUUUUUUCAAAUGCUAUUUUUUACUGCACUUAAUAAAUAUCAUGACAGCUCUGAUCUCUGUAACAGAUCCACUCUUCAGCUCUGGGCAGAACCAGAUGCAGGGUUCACACCAAAUUUGUAAAUACCAUGUGUGGGUCUGGUAUCCAGGAACUUUUUUUUUUCUGUAAAAAAAGAAAAAAGAAAAAAAAAAAGGAAGAAAGACAAGAUGACUUCUAGAAAGAGGAACAAAUUUUCUUCCAAGAGAGACACCCCUCUCAAAGAAAUAGAAAACAACAGUAUGUAAACUGAGAAAAGUGAGACAACUUUCAGGAAUUAAAGAAGCAUCUCUGGCCCCAGUGUGAGAUUGACAGUAAUACAGAUCCAUUUCCACUUUGGUUGAAAGGUGGAAAGAAUUCGAUAUGAUUUGGGACUAGAUUUUUAAUUUUCCAACAAACCGUCAUCACAUGCUAUGAAGUGUCUGCUCAGCUGUUUGGGGGUGGGUUUCUCAUUUCUCGUUUCCUUUAGAAACUUCUUGGUUGACUGGCUCCAGGCUUGUUUGCCUAAAUUCUUAGGUAGUUUACACAAGUUCUAGAAUCUUUUUAGAACUUUAACUCCAUUGGAAACAAACCCAACUGGUCAGAAUGGGAAUUCCUGGUUGUGUCAACAGGUAUUCUGGAAUUCUGACAGAACACCUAAAGAUUCUUUUAGAAGAUUCUAGAUACAUUAUCUUACACAAACUGUGACCUAACGGCAAUAAUUACCUCAAACGUGGGCAUUCAUCCUGGGUUUAGCCUUUUUUGAAAUCAUGUAGCCAGCUUGAUCUUGGGAUUUAAAAAGCUAUGAAUUCUGGGUGGGCUGAAAAUAAUGAUUAGCACACAGUCCCUGGUCAUCGUUGCUUAAGUGAAUUCUGAAAAUAGUUACAACAAGAAUGAAACCAAGGAAGAGAUCAUUCUUUGUGUUAUAAUCAAAUAUGAUGUUCAAACGCACAUGGAGCAUGUAUGUUUUUAGCUACUGUAAAAUGCUGUUAGCUUUCUGGGAUAUCAAGAGAAUCUCAUUUAUAUGAGUAAACUGAAUAAUUGACUGUGGAUACUUAAGCAUAUCUCUGGCUACAUUUUAUAGUUAAAGUGUUUUAUAGUUUACAUUUAAACUGGUACUUUUUAAAGACAAUUUCUGUUUCUAACUGACUUCUUCAAACCCCCUCGAUGGUUUGCCUCCUUGGGUUGGAGGCCAUGUCUCCAAAGGCAGGUGUUUUGCCCGUUCUGUUCUGUCCCCCAGUACGUGCGUUUUCCUCCAUAUUGUUGGUUUCCAAGUGAACUUGAGAGAAUGUGAAAGGAAGUCCAGCUGGAGUGGGAGGGGCGUGUCCUGACCUGGGCAGAUGCAGUCUCUCGCCUUGUUGGGCCAGCAUUUGUCUUCAAGGCCUUGUCCUUGACACCUUGGAGGAGGCAGUGAGAACUGAUUCCUGGUUCCUUGAUUUUUGUCUUGACUGAAUAUUUAACUUAUUAUAGAUCCACUCACUUCUACUCACUAGGCAGUAGAAGACACUGGGAUUUAGGUGGCCCUGAGGGUACCACUAUUCACUCUGGGGCCCUGCUGGUAUCCCUGUCAGUGUUUUGCAAGGGAGAACCGUGUGUCCCUGUGGCCCUGUUCUCUGGCUGGGACUUCCAUACAACUGCUGUCUUUUACUCAUUUUCUCUUUUAAAACAAAAUCCCUGUAAAAAGGACAGGUGUACAUGUUGCCUAAUGUCAAGCUGAGAUGUGAAGCUGGGCCUGGUGGGAGGGACUUGGGGUUCCACUCAGAGACUGCACGCACUGCUCAGCCAAAGGAGCUGGGAUCGAGGGGCAGCCCAGGGCCUUCCCCUGACACCCAGUCUGUAGGGAGGGGAUGUGGAAGGUCAUGAGAGAGGCUUCAGACACAGAGCAGGCCCCACAGUCAGGCAGGAGCAGCCUGGGGAGCUGCCAGUUCUGCUGAGAGCCUAGUUUGGUUUUCAUUGUGCCACCACCAAACUGUGGAGGACCCAUUGUGACCCUUCCUCCAGCAGCAGAGACCUUGAAAACUGCGGAGUACCUGGGACCAGGGAACUCUUCACACCACGCGUUGGCUUUUCCAGGUGAGCCUCGCUGACAGGCUGUGUUCCUGUGGCUUUGUUAGAUCGUCAGUGGAGGAUGUUCUCAUCUCACUCCUCUCAGCCUUCCUCCCACGGUCCUGUGGGUGCCUGUUCCUUUGCACUAACUGGCCACAUGAAUUUUGUGUUAUUGUCUUUGGGGCUUACCCUCAUUUUUUAAAACUAGAGAUAUAGAAAUUCACUUUUCCUUUUUUUAUUUUUUUAAUUUGAAAAGUGCAUUGUAUCUGAAAAAGGGCUCAGCCAUUGCUCUCUCUAGUUUCCUUUCACCCAGUUUCCAAACAAACCUCUCCUGGCGCCUCCCUCCCCCUGCUUCCUUGUUUUGGGUCACUGUCCCUUGUGGCCACCUCUGCCUCUGCCCUGCUGUCACUACAACCCUGUGCCCCGCCACCCAGGACUCCAGAAGUCAAGAGUCAGCAAGAAGGGCCCGCUUGGCCUCAAGAGCGGUCCUGCCUCCCUCCGCUGCUUGCCGCUGAGGGCAGAGGACUUACUCUUGCUGUUUCGGGAGGCGGGCUCAGGUUAGAAGGAAGAACUUGGGACGUGGAAAGGGAUUAGACUGUGCCAUCUUCUGUAGUUUUGGAGCAUAAAGCAUCCCCCCCACCGACCCUACCCUUCAAAGCAGAUGUCCCCAUUUGCUCUGCCUUCAGAUCUGUGGGCUUCCCACCCUCCACAGUCCCUCACUUCGGUGUCACUACUCUUAAAAGCUUUCUUUCUCCCAUGGGUCUCCCAGGGCACAGUCCUCUCUGGGACCCACAGCAUCUCUUCACCUCUGCGUGUGCAUUUUUUUAACCAAAUGAAGUGGACAAGAAAGGCAUCCCUGGGGCAGCAGAACUAGUUGAGUAGGAGCCCUGUGUAGAUAGAGACGUUGAUCUGUAUGUUUGUGUAUAUAUAUCAAACCAAACUCCUGACAGGGAAAGUACAGCUUUACAGAAGAGGAGAGAGGGGCUUGAGAGGUUGGAUGGGGCAGCCAUGGAGUGUCCAAGGAGCGCACAGUGUCCCUGCUCCUGCACGGCCCUAUUCUCCACCUCGCCACAGUGGGGCCAGGGACCCCAAGGGUGCUGGUGCUCUCUCAGGGUCCCCAGCAUCAAGGGCAUAAACGGGUGAGGGGGCAUCCGAUCAGAAGGACUGGAAUUUUCCAUCCCGUUUUGCUUUGACCACAUGUAUUGAGCUGCAGCCUGAUAUUAUAUCAUGUUUCCAAAAACGGUAUCCAUUAAGAUGGAAGAGAAGAGAUCCCUAGAAAUGUUUACCUUUCCACCGCCCAUGACUUCAGGACACUGGAUAGAAAGACACACUCCCCAGAUAACAGGGAAGAGGAGACCUGGUGACACGCAGUCCCCAGUCCAAGGAACGUGGCUCCCUCCCCAAGGUCAUCUCACCUAGACCAUUCUCUACCAGGUCAUCUCAGCUCAAUCUCAAUAACCCCAUAAACCCUGGUCCGUUGUGUUCCUUCACUGUACGGUUUCUGUAAUAAAAAGUGUUAAUCCACGUUAAUCUGUGUGAAAAUUAUUGCGUGCAACGGUAUUUUCUCGUGUACCUCUUUUCCUCUGUGAAUUGUCCCUCUUUUCUUUUUUAUUUAUAAACGUCUACUUUUUUUUUUUUUAAAGACAACCCAAUGUGUUGUAGACCUAUAUGUAACCUAUUCCUUAGUCUCAUAUUAUAGGUAUGUUAUAAGAAUGGAUAUUUUACUUGGCUUUAGAAUGUUUUACAAGAAAACUAAUUCUUAACUGAUCGAGUCCUUGCUACUAAAAUGCUUGUGUUUUUCAUCAUGAUGUCGUGUGCUUCUAAAUUAAUAAUCAUUUUCGUUGUAGAAAAAUGGAGUGAAUUUAUAUUAGUCUUGGAAACUAAUAAUAGCAUUGUAAAUUUAUGAGAUGAUUUUAACAGAAAAAAAUUAUAGAAGAAUAUAGUUAUUUUAAUUGUAAUAUUACUAACUGUAGGGUGAGAAGGGGGGGUCCCGUUGUGGUGAACUAUGUUAUAGCUUGUUACUCACAGUUUCUUUUUUGAUCAUUUUUUCGGUCUCUGAAGUGAAACGAGUUAUUAAUUAAAAUUUGUAAACUCACAUAUGCAUAUUGUAUAUGUGUAGAAAUGUAAUCACACUUUGUCUUGGAAUUACAUUAAACUGUUUGGAAUCACUGUA